AUGGCCUUCAACGCGUCUACUCCAGCGAUCGAGAAGGCUAUUGAAAAGCUGGAAAAAGAAGUUUUGGAGCCCACUGAUUUUGAUAGGAAACGUCAUGAUGAAACAGUCGUUGAAAUUCAGGAACUCAAUGGGACGCUACACAAGACAUGGACAAUCCUAUAUCCCGAUGACAUGGUCGAUCAACUACCAGAAUUAAGGUCGUUGAUCUUAAAAAUGAUUCAAUUGUGAGUUUAUUCAUUCGUGUCCAGUUCCGUGUGAGGAAAUAACAUGUUCUUUAUAUCUCGUUCACACCUUUACAUUUCAUUUUUUCAGUGAAGUCAACAAAAUAUUGGAAUAUGCGCAGAUUCUGCACUUUGAAAACGACAUGUGCGCGAUCUGUCUCGAAGAAAAGGCCCAGAAUCCCGUCUACUGCAUACAAUGCCUGAAAAUUGUCAGCUGUAAAGGUUGCACGGACGACCUGGUCCGACAUAGCGGACACUUCGUGAAAUGCCCGAGAUGUCAACGGAAAAGCCCCACGGAGUUACCGUUAUUCUACUGUGCUCCUCCGUAA